AUGCCCAUGGCCAUUAAAUUUUUUCCCAUUUGUAUUUUUGUUGUGUGUAUUGUAGGGUCAACUGCUCUGGUAGCCUUAAUAACAGAGUCAGAUGUGAUCGUCGCAAACGUUGGGGAUUCCCGUGGCGUGAUGUGCGACUGGUCUGGAAAAGCCGUCCCACUUUCGUACGACCACAAACCCCACCAUCCUCAGGAGCGUAAACGCAUCAAGAAAGCAGGAGGUUUCAUUGCUUUCAAUGGCGUGUGGCGCGUCGCUGGAAUCCUCGCCACAUCACGUGCCAUCGGGGACUACCCGCUCAAGGAUCACAAGUUUGUCGUUGCCGACCCCGACAUCUUGACCUUUGACCUUGACGAACACAACCCACAAUUCCUGAUCCUUGCCAGCGAUGGAUUGUGGGAUACAUUUAGUAACGAAGAAGCCGUCCAGUAUAUUAAAGAGCGACUAGGGGAGCCACAUUUUGGCGCCAAAAGUAUCGUCCUUCAGUCAUUCUAUCGCGGUUCUAUGGACAAUAUAACAGUUAUGGUUAUUAAUCUCAGUAGACAUCGCUCAAAUUCAACUCAUGUGCAAUAGCUAAAUAUGGGUCCGUAUCAUAUUUUUCUUUCUUGCUUAAUAUUUAAUCAUUCUGAUGAUGAUUUAUGGUUUUAUUGAUUUUGUUGUUUUGUUUGAUUAUCUCGAGUUCAUGGAUGAAUUUUGAACAUUAAUAUGGUAAUCAUGAAGAUGCCUUGUGAUAUACUGUUAUUUAUUGUGAAUUUGAGAGACUGAAUUGUAUUUAUCAUUAGAUUGAAGUUGUGAGAACAGUAUUUACAAAGGUACAUUGCCCCGGGGGGGGGGGGGGAGUCAAAUAUAUUGCUGUACACACGCGUGACCAAGUAAUUUCUAAACACCCCCUAAACAGGUUUUUCUCUGUUUGCAAAAUAACCCCCUAAACAAGUUUUUCGCGGGUUUCAUUUACACAUUUUGGCCCCUAAACAAGUUGUCGGCAGAAUAUGACUCCAGGGAAAAAACAUACCCUAAAUACGUUUGACCCCGUGAUUGAGAAUUUGACCAGUCUUUCAAAACCACCUUUUAAAGAAAAAAUCAGUGUUUUUUAUACCCUUUACGAGUGCACCGCAGCCUGCGCCCAAAACUGAAAAAAUACCCCUUUCAACGCGUUUUUUUGGUCACACGUGUGUACAGCAAUAUAUUUGACUGGUCCCCCCCCCCCCACCGGGUAAAUUGCGCACAUGCAUGGUGAUUUAUGAAUUUGUUAUGAUGUGUUAUCCUUCCUUUUUGUCCUUGAAUAUGUUAUACAGGGUUGGUGAGUAAAUACUGGAUGGUAGAUAUUUUGAAGCAAUGACAUACUGCCUGAUACUGUACACUGAUAAAUAUUCCAAAAAACUAUGAUGAUACUAAUACCAUGUAUUUCAUUUGCGUAGGAUGUAAGCCCCCAUAUUUCAAAUCGUUAUAGUGAAAGUUAUUUAACAAAAAUUUUGUAAUUAUGUUUAUACAUAUCAAUGAAAAAUUAUUUCAAGAGUUAAUACAGCAAGCUCCUUGACGCAUGUUGAUUUGUCAUAAGGAUAAUUGUGUUUAGGCUUUAUUCAUGGAACUUUCAUAUUACAUUUGAGUAUAUCAGUAAACGAUACUGUACUCUGUAUAAGGAUAUUAACGAUCCUAUUUUGUUGCAUGUAGCAGUUAUAUAUCAAGUAGCAGAUUUUUUUAAAUUGAUUUACAUGUAUAAAGCCUUUAUGAUAUGAUUUCCGCCUUAUUUUUUGUGUCAUAUCCCAUCGAUUUUUGCAUGUGUUGUGCUUCACUUACAAGAGUUGUCAUUCCAUGUGUGAACGGGACUCCAAUUCACUAUUCUAUUUGGAAUUUAUUGCAGGGCAAAAAAAUAAUUGUGUUUGAAGUAAGAAGCUGACUUUGUAAUUUCCCAUUUUCAUUUUUAUGAAAACCAAAGCCAAUAGGAUUGCAUUCGAGUGCUAUGAUUUAUGUUAACAAAGAUAUGAAACAUAUCCCCAAUCUCAUUGUCCCAUAUUUCUAUGAAUAGUUUUUUUUUUAUAUAUCACAGCCCUAGCCUCACAUAAAUUGGCCGAUCAUUUCAACCUUUUCUCCAAUACAAGUUCAAACUUAACUUUAUUACGUGGUUGAAUGUGAAUGCUGGUUUUAUUUUAAUAAAUUUUAUAUGUGUAUGUAAGCUCAUCAUCACAUAAAAAACAUAUUACCAGUUAUAUGGGCAAAGCCGGGAUAUAUUGAUAAGGGGGGGGGGUGGCACAUGAGGAUGUUUAUUUCAUUUUAAGGGUGAAAAACAAAUACUCCCUUUUUCAUCAUAUUUUCCGUGUUGUUUUUACAUGCAUGUACGUAACCUUACUUGAAAAAUGAUGGGGGCAGUUACCCCCUCCUGCCCCCCCCCCCCCCAUGAUACCACUUCUGGGCCAAGGAUGUAAAGUGAUAAAUGGUGGUAUGUUAUGGAUAUUGUUGAAAUGAAAGAAUGUGACCAUGGCUUGUAGUUGUCAUACAGAUUUAUUAUACAGUAUAUACCAAUAAAGCAUACUGUAUGUAGCCCAUAUGACUUUUUUUUGCAUGCAUUAAUUUAUACACGAGCUUAUACAAUGAGAUCUGCAUAUGUGUUUCACCGUACAAAGACAAAUAGACCUCUCUCAUUUUCAUAAAAAGAAUUUUUUCCAUGGUUUAGUGAACAGCAUACAUGUACAAAUAAUAGGAAUGAUUAACCGCACAAUUUAAAGCUAUUUUCAGAACAGUUAUGGUUUUAGUACAAUUACACAAGUAAGAUCAACUGUAGACCAACCAAAUUAUGCAUUACAUAUUCCUAACAUAAGAUUGGUCAGUUUGGAGUUGGUUUCAUUGCAAUAGCUCUAUUUCUUAGCUUUAAAAAAUCACUAACAUUUCUUUUGGAUGUUUCAUAAUAUCAUUUUAUAGAAGUCUGACUUUUCCAGCAACUUUAACUUGAUAUAGACUGCUGAAAUUUAUAUAGGUCUGAAAAUGUUUUUCACACAUUUCAAACAAAGAGGAAUAUUUAAAUGAUAAUGAUGAAAAUAAUAAUGAUAAUAAUGAUAACAAUAAUAUAAUAAUAGUAAUGAUGAUGAUAAUGAUGAUAAUGAUAAUAAUGAUAACAAUAAUAACAAUAAUGAUAAUAGUAAUAAUGGUGAUAAUAAUAACAAUAAAAACUUACAAUAUUGAGAUGGAGUGACGAGCUCACAAAAUUCGUUGGCACAAAAUGGAUUGCAGAUCAGCACAAGACAAGCACCUUUGGCCCAAACUUGAGGAGGCCUGAAUAUGGCUGAUGAUGAUGAAAUGAGUGAAUGGAAAAAAAAAUUAUGUGAGCGCUAUUAAAGUGUUGCCAUUUUACAUUAACAUUUCUGUUGUGAAAGAAUUUAAAUUGUUUGCAAUUGAAACCACUAAAAUUUAAAGAACAUUUCUUUGUUUAUCUUCAAACAGUAUGAUUCAUUCCAUGUAUAUUCCUUUUUGUGUUAUUUAAUUUCAUCUGUGAAUUCCACUUUCAUUUGAUAUACAUGUAAAUGACACAUACAUGUUUAUCUUUUAUUGUCUUUGUGAUAUUUUUGUAAUGGGGAAUAUAAUUUAUUAUCACCCGUAUCAGACAUCUGAGCUGGUCAUUUACAAAACCGUAUUUCCCUGUAUUGUAUUAUUAUCAGGAAGGGAUAGGUAUAUUAUUUGUAUUUUCCUCGGUCUCAAUGCGCGUAUUGACUUUGCAUGCAGAGACGACGCAAAAUAUACCUUUGUAUUUUCCCUGGUCUCACAUCCGGGCCUUUGAGGAUGCGAAUGAAGUGAUACGCUUCAUAAUGUUCCGCGCACCAACGAUCUACGUCAUAAUAAAGACAACGCUGGAUCUGGGCGCUUGCAAGUAGGUCAUAAUGGUAAAGUGCAUAGCCUAGACACUGAUAUUAUCAUGACACAACAUAACUCUAUUCUUAAAAGAUAUCACUGUUAUCAUGAUUUUUGCUCUAGAUAUCUGAAUUGGAUGAUAAUAAAAAUAUUGACUGCCCUUUUUUCGGGGAACAUCAAAUAUGUUGCCCUUAAAGACCCAUAUUGCCCUCGUCUAAAGACUCGGCCAAUAUGAUUCUUUUGCUGGCAAUAUAUUUGAUGUUCCCCUCAAGACCAGUCAAUAUUAUAUAAGUAUAUUUGUUAUAUAAUGAUGUUGGUAUUUUUUGUAAUGAUUCAUUCUUUUUUUUACUGUGGUAAUAUCCAUCUACAUACAUGUAUUGUAUAUCUGGUUUAUUUGGUUUUGCAUCAGAUGUUUGUCUUUGUUUGAAAAUAUAUAUUUUCCACUAUUUUGAAUAUUAAUUCUUAAAGAGUACAUGUAAUGGAAUCUGAAUGUAAUUAGGCCUUUAUAAUUGUAUCAACUGUCUCAUUGAUUCACAGAUGAUGGUUACUAUUAAAAUUCAUAAAUAAAACAUAAUUUGUUUUGAUAUUAAUAUCCAAUGCCUGAUAACCUUACAAAAUAUUUAUAUCCUUCUACUUAUUAGUCAACCUUUUUCAAUACAUUUUCAAAGAAUGCAAAAAGAAUAUGUCAUGGAGCAGUCAGGAAUUACCUGCUGGAAACUUGAGAUGGCGCUAUUCAUAUAAAAGUAGCUGAAAGAUUGGAAAUGGUGCACACCCAAGAGUUUCUUGAUUAUUGGUGUACCUAUACAUACAUUUGUGCUCAAAAGUUAAUGAACCCCUCCACAAAGUGCACUCUUUGACAGGCCUGCUCUUUGAUGUAAUGUUCAGCAUGCCCAGAGAAACAAACUUUAUUUAAUGUUUAAUACUUUAUCACUUGACUUCACAAUUACACAGUAAAAACGCUGUUUGAAAUUUUUAUACAACGCUGUUUACCAUAUGAACCUUACAGUAAUUAUUUUAACAAUUUAAACAAGUGUUUGAAAUCUUAAACAACAAAGUUUAAUUUUCAAUAUCUAAUCUUCAAUAAAUUAAACAUGAUUUUUUUUUUUAACUGUUAAACAACUACUGUAAGUAAACAGCGUUGUAUACAAUCGUAAACAGCGUUUUUACUGUGUAGAUAUGUAAAACUUAGCAGAAUUUGAACACUUUAAAUAUGUUCAUUUUCUGGUGGGGUUCACUAGCUUUUUGAACACGACUGUACAUGUAUAUGUGUAUGUAUAUCAAUGGUACAUGGACUAGAUUGUGAAAAGUAUAAUUUCUCUAAGGAAUAUUAAUAAAUAAUUUUACUUUAAUUGUUAUCUGCUCUUCAUGUUAUUUUUCCUGUUCAUAUGCUCUGUGAUUUUUUUUCUUCUCUAUUUCAAGUACUAAUAUUCAAAAUGUCUUGAUUUUGUGAUGUAUCAAACUAUGCUUAUAUAUAAUUUCCCAAUGUCAUACUGCCUGAUCAUUAUAGUAUGAUAUUGAUUUAGCUGGUGAUUUAGAUGUAUGUGUACUUUCCAUUAGAGUAAAUCACCAUUUAAUUUAAGAAUUUAUUUAUGUCUUUUAUGGAAUUUCAAGAUCUGCUGAAAAUAUAGACAUUUUAAAGAUAAUUAUACACUGUUGAUUGGUGAAUUGCCAAUUCGUCUGCUGCCAACUUGUCCACUCAGACCAUGUGGAUAGUGGAUGAACUGAUGGUAGAUUGAAUGACGAAAUUGGCAUAAGACAAAUUCAAAAUAUACACAGCAAAAACUGUGGUGUUAACCGGUGUACAUAGAGGACCACACCAGUUAUUUUACACCGGUGUUAAUUUGGUGGUGUUAGUUUUACACCUAUAGGUGUUAUUACAACACCUAUGGUUGUUACAUUUACACUCUUUGGUGUUAUGAUCAAUCUCAAGGGUGUUAUUUUAACACCUCAGGGUGUGGUCCUCUAUUAACACCAAUUGGUGUCAGUUUUAACACCACAGUUUUUACAGUGUACCAUUUAUUGUAUUCUGGGGGUUAGAUGUACAUUGCGUGCAGGCAAGCCAGGAUCUAAUGACCGAGGCAAAGAUAUUUCUAAUCGCUUAUAGCUGUUGUUCUGAUGUAUUACAUGUAAGAGCUAUACAAAAAAUUGAAUUAUUAUCAUUAUUGCUACUACAGUAUUAUAUUCAUUUCCAUUCUUUGCCCACCCAAAUGCAUGUUUUUCAUAUUUGUGUGGUUGUUAUAUUGUGAAAUGAAGUCUGCCUUGUUGAAUGUCUGGUUCAGUGAACUUGUGUAAAUCCUGGGUUGUCAUAAAAAUUGCAAGCAAGUUGUUUGGGACACUGAUUAAAGCUUAAUCAGAGGUAGUUGUUCAUGAGGGCAAAAGAUUUACACUGCUUCUGGAACAACAUGUUACUAAAUAGCACAGUGUUGCAAAGGGCAACGUAUUACUUAGGUUAAAGUCUGUAUUCAAGGGUAUGCUGAGAACAAACUAGUUGUGUCUAGUCUCUUUGUGGCAUGUUUAAUCUUUGUAUGUAAAUUAUGUUUAUUGUGUAGUACAACUGUGCAAACAGUAGUCUGUUAUUAAGAAGAAACCCAUUAGGGCGUUUCCAUGCUAGAAAAAUGAGCUAUUUUCGCUGCAUUUUCCAACCUAUUGUCCAAACAAAGAACUUCAAUUUGUUUCGUGGUUAUAAUAGUGUAAUGCUGGGUAGACAUAUGAAAACAUGACAACCAACAAAAAUAUGCUGUCCAUGGGUGAAUUAGAGGUGUGUCGUACCGGAAAUUUCUGAGUCCCGUAUACGAGACACAUUUUCGCACUUAAUUCAGCCAUAAUGAAAUAUUUUUAGUUGGUAAUCAGUUUUUCACAUGACUACCCACUAUAACAUUAUUAUUGACCAAAAAUAAUUUUUCAUUGCUCAAGCAAUCAGCUAAGAGACUAGAUAUUGUUGACAAAAUGUCCUGUACGACACAUAUGGAAUCGCCCAUUAGGUGAUAAUAUACAUGUACAUGUAUAUCUUUAUUGCAGCCAUUAAUUAGUGCAACCAUUUGUGUAAUUUGUGUAUCUGUGGGACCCAUUCAUUGUCACUCACCUAAUUCUACCAACUCAAUAAAAAUCACAGAUUUAUUUAUAGAUGCAA